UCACACUUGGUCACAAUCAUAGUUAUCUAAAAUCCACCAGAAUUGUAAGCCACACGUACGUUUAAUCUCAAACAUGCAGUACCUUGCUGGUCUAGUUCUCAUUUCAUCACUAAUCGCAUCUUCUCUAGCUGCUGAUUGCUCUCAACUACCAGAUGGAAUUUAUGAGCCUGCAUGCAAAACGUACCUCCAAUGUACAGGCGGUGUGGCAUCAACCGUGCAAUGCGCAGAUAACAAGGUCUUCAACAAUGUAACACAAGCUUGUGAUGAUAUGAUAAAUGUAGGUGCACCAUGCGGAACACUUCGAGACUGUACAGGAAAAGCUGAUGGCCUAUAUGCUGAUAUUGACUGGAAAUGUCGAUCUUAUUACACCUGUAACACAGAAACAUUUAUGGGACAUAACCCUUGUUCAGCUAAUCUUGUAUUCAAUGAAAAACUUUCGACCUGUGAUUGGAAAGCCAAUGUGGAUCCACCAUGUGGAGAUAAAGGAAAAAUUCCUGUUACAAAAUCAGCUUUCGGAAGACGGUGAUAAUUUGAAAUCUACCAUGUUUUACCAAUUCGGACUUCUUCUUAACACUUAAUUUACGGUUAUUUUCUAUGAAAAGAAAUACAUAAAAUCCAUAAAAAAUUUGAUACUCCAGGCAUAACAAAAUUUGUUUACAUACUGUUACAUUCAACAAAAUUAAUAUUUGAUACUGUGACGAUUAUAUUGAAUCUCUGAACAAUAAAAGUUUUCGAUCUUUA